CCGAGUUAGACCGCCAUUCCAGUAAGAUGUAUAUGUAUACUGUGAUACUGUAGAACACAAGCAAGACAACAAAAGCGAUGAAUAACGAAAUAUUUUAGCGUGAGCGAGCCAUUUAAGAUUUCGGUCGUAAAUACUUAUAUGCUUACGUCGACGUUGCAGUAAUUCCAAGUAAUUUUUGACGUGCAAACAUUCGUUGAGCUGCGUGUGUCAUCUGGAGUAAUGAUUUCCUAUUAUGUAAAUUGCACAUAAGAGAAUGCUAUGGUGAAGAAAAAGUGUAUGAAAUUCUCUCGAUCUUUUGCAACGGAUGGUGGCACUCGAAAAUGACUGACUCUACCUCCACCGCAUCUAUUUUCGUCAGAAUAAUCAACAACAUAGUGACUUUACUGAAAUGUGUCGCACGGACAGCAUUUGUGAUAUUAAACAAUGUCUAUUGCAUACCUACAUAUGUAAUAUGGAUGCUGUUAUUGUUUCCUGUAAAAAUAUAUCAACCUCAAGUAUAUUGGCGAAUCGAAGGCCUAUUUUAUCACUGGUUAUUGGCAAUGGUGUCGAUGUGGACUUGGUCUGCAGGUUACGACAUAAUAGAGCAAGGUGAUGACAUACAGAAAAUUAUAAGCGAAAAAACAUUAGUUAUAGCAAAUCAUCAGAGUACUGGUGAUGUUCCUAUAUUAAUGACAACAUUUAAUAUCAAACCAAAUGUUAUACCUAAUUUAAUGUGGAUAAUGGAUAGAGUAUUCAAAUUUACUAAUUUCGGGAUAGUUUCUAUAUUACAUCAAGAUUUUUUCAUUGUAUCGGGACGUAAACGAAGGGAAGAGAGUUUAAAACAAUUACAAAAACAUCUCAAAGAUUCUUAUAUACCACGAAAUAGAAAAUGGAUGGUACUCUUUCCGGAAGGAGGUUUUCUGUGCAAAAGACGAGAGACCUCACAAAAAUAUGCUAAGAAGAAUAAUCUGCCUAUUCUUGAAAAUGUGACUCUACCAAGAGUAGGAGCCAUGCAGACGAUUUUUGAUACCCUUGGACCAAGAGAGAGUAGGAAUACAGAGGAUCAACACUUGAAUAGCCGACCAAGUUUGAUGGUAGUUAAUCCAGAAAUUAGUUGGGUUCUUGAUAUAACAAUAGCGUAUCCUCAAGGUAAGCCGCUGGAUUUACCUACUAUUAUAACUGGUUCGAGACCUCCAUGUGAGACGGUAUUAUUUUAUCGACUUUUCCCUAGCUCAGUGGUUCCUCGCGAACCAGAACAAUUAUCCAAAUGGUUGUAUGAUAGAUGGGUAGAGAAAGAGGCACUAUUGGAUCAUUUUUAUAAAUAUGGAACAUUUCUUGGCACAAAUGGAUCAAAUAGGGGAAAUUCCAAAGUACAUCAGGAUCCGUUAAGAUUCCUAGUCCUUCAUUUAUUCUUCAUAACAUCUAGUUAUAUACAUUAUAGCAUGCUUACAUAUGUGUUAUCUUGCUUUUGGUAAGAUGUUUUUAUAUCAUGUGCAACGCACGACGGUCCAGUUAAAAAAAGAAAAUCACAGUAACGAAGUAAGAUAUCCUUGCCUUAAACAACCAUUUUCAUGUUUAUGAGAAUAAUUCUAAUGAAUGUACAGAUUAUAUUAAAUUAGGCAAGUAUUAUGCCCACAUUAUAAGUCACUUGUAACAUUUAUUUUUAUUUAAAGCAGCAGUUGCAAAUAAGUGAUAUUUACAAUUGGUAUUGUGAGUGAUUCUAUGUUUUAAAGCUAACAUGAAGUUAAUAUGUUAACAUUUUUAAACUUUUGAAAUUAUUAAUAUAUUUUACAUUUAGCGAAAUAACAGUCAAACAAAAUACAAUUUGUUGUAAUCUUUAUAUUUGCUACAUAACUUAAAAUUAUUUAUUUUAUCGUACUAUGUAUACUCCAUAUCAGGCAUGUCCAACUUCUAUCGACGUAGAGAUCUCUUAUCCCUACUCUCAAACGCUUUUUUCUCCUAUCACGCUGCCUUUUUCGCGUAAUAAAUGCUUAAUCUAUUUCACUUUCCAUCUCCAUCUCACUCUGCGAGAAAAUGGAGUGGGGAAAGCGUUUCAGCUCCGAAGCUAAAGUUGAACAUGCCUGCUCUAUACUGUACAAAGUAUAGUUUAUAUAACGAACCUGUUUUUAUAAAUUAAUAUUCAUAUAUAAGUUAAAAUUCAUGUACAUUCAAACUCUUAACACUGAAAUAUUCUUAGAAUGAAAUCAGUGACGCCAAUUUAGAUUUAUUUUCUUCACUUUGAACAUUGUAGGAUGUGAUUUGAACAUGAUAGGAUGUGAAAAUUAUUUAAUUUUAAAUUUAGAUAAAAUACGCGUGAGAAUAAAUAUUUCAUCUGUAAUAUCAAAUACUAUUAUAUUAUGUGAUCUCUUUUAUAAAGAUGAUAUAAUGCGUUUUGUUGCAAAUUCUUGAGAAUGCAUAAAAAUAUGGAUAAAUAUUUAGAUUUUUUUAUCAAUAUUAAACUGUUUCGCAGCUCUUAAUUUACAUAAGCCUAUUAUAUAUUGCAUAAUAAAUACUAUCCAGUUUCAUAGAUAGAUCAAAUUUAGGUAUGAUAAUUCACGUUAACUUUUAUUACCUUCACCAAUACUGUUGGAAAUAAUGUAUUUAUACAUACUUGGUACUUGGUAGCGUUGUAACAAAAUCUUGUAAUACGUAGCAUCGCAUGUGUAUCUUAUGUAAGUUGAUUAUAAGUGAUGUACAUUCUGUAUUGACAUACAAUAAGAAAAAAGAAUUUUUGUCGAAUAGUAAUAA